AUGGAGAAAGAGAAGGCUGUAGUAAACUUUGAGAAUCUCAAAAAUGUUUACAAUUUAUUUUUAUACAAAAUUAAAGAAUCCGCAGAUUUAACAAGCCAAGGAGAAUGCGAAAAACAUGAACAAAACGACCAAGUAAGAAAUGAUGAUGGAACUAUAAAAUGGAGAUACCCUGAACUUAAUGAUGAAAAUAACAAUGUAAGUGAAAAACAUAAUGAUGAAAAUAACAAUGUAAGUGAAAAACAUAAUGAUGAAAAUAACAAUGUAAGUGAAAAACAUAAUGAUGAUAAAAUUGAGAAUUCUUUAUAUGGAAUAGAAUCAAAAAAAGAAGCAACUUGUAAUGAAUAUAGAGAUAAAGAUGAAGGAAAUAUAAUUCUAUUUAGUUAUAUUGGGAAGAAACUAUUUUUGAACAAUAAUUUAAUUGUAAAAAAAAUUGAAAAUUUAAAAAAUGAUAUUAUAAUAAAAAAGGACAAUAAUUUAUGGAUGAUAUUUAGCAAUACAAAAAAUCUCUAUGCAGUAAUCAUAAUGUCAAAAAAAAAAAAAAAAAUUGUCCAAAAAAAUGUCCAAAAAAAUGCCCCAAAAAAUGCCCAAAAAAAUGCCCAAAAAAAUGUCCAAAAAAAUAAAUACUCACAUAUAUAUUCGAUUUAUACUUAUUGCAAAAUUCGAUAUAAUAGUGAUUUGAGAUAUUUUAUACAAAUUAACUUUUUUAAAUUAACUUUUAAAUUUCUAAAAAUUUCCACUAUAAAUCUUAACGAAAAUUUGUUAUUAUUAUUAUUAAAUUAUACAUAUUUACACAAAGAUGAUAUAAAAAAUAAAAUAAAAAAUUUUAGCAACCCAAAUGUUUUAUAUUUCAUUGUGGUUAAUAUUUGUGAACGUAAAAAUGACCAGACCUUAAUUGAUAGUGUAAUAAAUGUGUUAAAAAGAAAAAAACAAAAAUCUAGUAUUUUUCACAUAAUAAAAAAUAAACCAUAUUAUGAUAAUAUCCAAUUCUUUAACUCUAAAAAAUUGUCUUAUCAAAAUAAAUUAUAUACAACUUGUUACUCUAGUAAUAACACUGAAUCGGAUUUGCAUGAACAACGGAAAGGCCUAUAUAAUGAAGAGAAGGUAGAAAAGGUGGAAAAGGUGGAAAAAAUAGAAAAAAAUGACAUUCCACUAAUUAGAAAAAGUGAUGAAUUUUUCCAAAAUAUAUUGUCCAUUUUUUCUUUGUUAAAUAAAGAAAAUAAACCUUUAUUAAAUUUUUAUAAUUUAGAAAAUCAUACAAGGAUAUUUAUAUAUAAUUGUGAAAAAUUGAAUAGAAAUAUUUUUAUAAAUUUUUUAAAAACCUUUCAAAAUUUUUAUAUUUAUUUCAUAAAUUUAAAUACAUUAUUUGGUUUAUAUUUUAGUGAAACAGAAAGAAAUAUUGUUAAUAUCUUUGAGAAAUGUCAUCAAAUUUUGAGAUGCAUUUCCAAAAAUGUUUGUUUGGUUAUUGAUGGUAUUGAUAUAAUAUCUAAGAAUGAUACGAGGAAUAUCAAGGGAGAUGUUAAUACACCAAUAAUUAAUCAAGUUACUAAAAAAUAUGAUGAUACUAAUAAAAAUAGUAACGAUAUUAACAAUAGUAACAGUAACAAUAGUAACAGUAAUAAUAGUAACAGUAAUAAUAGAUUAUUAGCCACUCUACUGUUAUGUCUGGAUAGUGUAGACAAUGAUACAUCUAAUAAAUACAAAGCAACUAAUUAUAAUAACAAAAAUAAUUUUGAAACAAGUUCUGAUGAUAUCAAAGUAGAGUCAAAAAAAAAACAAAAAGAUUGUAAGGAAAACAAGAAAAAUAAUAUAUCUACAUAUUAUGAUCAAGAUGAUCCUAAUUUUUCUUUUUCCGAAUUAAGUGAUGAUAAUAAUGAUUGUUCAGAUAAUACAGAAAGGGAAAGAGAGAAAAAAAAAAAAAAAGGAAAAAAAAAAAAAAAAUUAUCUGAACAUAUAUAUUUUGAUAUUAAAAAGUUAGAAAAAAUUUAUAAAGAAAAAUAUCAAGAGCUAAUAAAAAAAAAAAAAAAUAAUAAUUUAAGUGUUAUUGUUAUAAGUGAUAUGGGCUUAACCAAUUUUGAUACUUCUUUAACAAGGGCAGGAAGAUUUUUUCAUUACAUAAAUUACCAAUCAUUUUGUUAG